AUGGCCUCAAUCACCAUGACAGCCUCCUUCCUAGGCGGAGUAAGCGCCUCCGAGCGGCCCUCGACGACUGCCCGGCGCAGUCUGAUUGUUGCCAAGGCUGCGAGAGCCGGCGAAGGUGAUCAAGUGAAGUUGAGUUGCACCAACAAAGAGGCCGGCAAUGGGAGGAGGGACCUGAUGUUUGCAGCUGCAGCUGCUGCUGUUUGCUCCAUUGCAGGUGUUGCAGUGGCCGAAGAGCCAAAGGCUGGGACCCCAGAUGCUUUGAAAAAGUAUGCUCCAAUCUGUGUCACCAUGCCCACAGCUCGCGUCUGCCACAAAGGAAGGUGA